AUGCUGGCCUCCUCAGCGCCGCUUCUGGAGGGGGAAGAGCCCAUCCUCGAUAUCUCCGCCGUCCGUAGCCCACCCACGCGCCGAUUGAAGCAUCAUCAUGGCACGGCAUCCGCGAUUGCCGCCGCCCGUGAGAAUCUCGCCGUGUCCUUCCUCAGCUUCCCUGCAGAAGUAUGGGUAGAGAUCUUGUCGAACGUGCAGGAGGUAGAACACGCGCUCUUUUUCAUGAAGACGUGUAAAGCCGCACACAGUAUUCUACACCCGACACAGCGAAUAGGCCAGAUGAUAUGGCGACGAUUGCGUGUCCGAUUCGACUGGCCGGACCCCGCCAUCGCGGGAAUCUCCGACUACAACAUGCUGGAGAGCUACCACGGCCGGGGCUGUCAUCGCUGUCCGAAAAGCCCGCGCGUGCGGACGCCGCAGUGGGGAUGGAGGGGAGUGCGACUCUGUGAAGCAUGCUUUAACGAGCUUACCGUUCAUUGGACUGUGCUGGAAGAGGAAGGGUGCGGCAAGAAGCGGUAUGGGAAACUGCCGAGUGUGUCGGGAUCCUACCUGCGAUGCAUGGUCCCCUCACGGCAUCCUACUUUGGAGGAGGAAGUAGAACUCGCGACUCGACAAGCAGCUGUACGGGAUUUCAAGAAAGUCAUGGCGAAUCGCAAAGGUGAUUUCGCGUUGGCCGAACGACGCAGACUGUGGAAUAAGGCGGAAGACCGUCGUGCUGAGAUCAAGGCCUUUCUACAAUCGAAAUACCCAUACCUGCAUCCGCAUACCUUCCCCUGGUUCGACUGCGUUAAAGAAAUAAACGGCAAGUCCACGCUCUUCACGAAAUCUGUGCAGAACCAACUCUUGCGCGACAUGGAGCCUGAACUGGUGCAGAAUCGAAAGAAACUCAUCUGGGCGCACAUGGGAGGUCACAUGUGCGACCUUGGAGGGAGCGAUCACAUUGGGGAUAAGGCUUUCACGAACAUCUGCGACAGCGUGGCAGAAUUCGUAGAUGCAGAGCGCGCGAAGGAGCUUCUCAGCGAUCUUGCUGCGCGAAAAGAGAAGGAGAAGCGGCAGAAAAAGUGGUUACAAACCGCGAUCCGCACACCUUCAGACGACAAGGACCUCAGACCGCUCCUGGUUGCUCACCGGCUGUACAAAGUAUGCAAAGCGGAAGAUGAAGAAGAGUACAUUCACUAUGCGCAGCAAACCAGAACCGAGCUCGAAGCGAAACGGCAGUUCGAAGUACGAGCACAUAUGUCAAAGAUUGGCGGACCCGACGCCAUAGAGAAGAGCAGGACCCGUCCUAUGUGGUCUUGUGCAUGCGGGUUUUGCAUCAAAGCUGGAGCUAAUUUCGAUUCUAUAUAUGAGCACGCUGCAGCGUCGAAGAAGUGUAGCAUCCCGGAUAUCCAGCUAUCGAAGAAAGGAAUGCAUUACUUGAAGCAACGGGCGGCCUCGAAAGCCAAUCAACUAAACCCCUCGGUGCCGAGUGCGGAGCACGGCAGUCGCCCGGUACCCAAUGCCAAUCAGUCAAACUGCCCGGUCCCGAAUCCGGAUCAGGGAACAAACAGCCCGAUGCCGAAUGCCAAGCAGUCAAACCGCCCUAUGCCGAAGGUGAAUGCGAGUCAGGCCAACCAUGCGGUCCCUAAACCAAAUCAUCCGGUGCCAAAUGGCAAUCAGAGGAACCGCCCGGCGCCGAAUGGCAAUCAGGAACGACGUCGAGAACACGCUGCCCCGAACAGUCACCAUGGAAGCGGUUGGGAACGCCUGGCCCCCAUUUCUAACCAGGCAAACGGUCGGGCGCGACCUGCUCCGGGACCGAACCAAGGAAGCGAUUGGGGAAGCUUCGCCUCGGAUGCGCAGCAGGGACACAGUCAAGAACACCCCGUCCGGAAUGCUCACCACGGAAACAGUUUGGGAAACCUGCUUUGGACUAUGAGUCAAGGAUACCCUGUUCCAUAUGCCAAUCAACCAAAUCCUGGGGGAUAG